AUGUUACCAUUAACAGCUACCAUGAUUAACUUUCAUCAGGAAAUAUCCCAGCUCAAUGGCUGGUUAAUAGUAAUUGUAUUAUCUAUAAGUAUAUUCAAAUUAGUUCAGCUUGCUAAGCAGACAUUUCUUGCACAUAAAUGGGGUUGUAAAGCCAUUAAGAAAUCUAACGAAGGGAAUGUUUUUCGAAGACCUAUAGAACUUUUGAGAGUAUGGAAAGCAGGAAGGCUACCAGAAGAGCAUCGAAAAAGCUUUGAAGAAAGUAAUGCCGACACGAUGUAUACUUCUGUUCUUUUUAAGAACAUAAUUCAAACCAAAAAUCCCGAGAAUGUUAAAGCAAUGGUUGCAAUACAGUUUAAUGAUUUCAGUAUCGGUCAAAGACAACAAUACUUCCAACCUCUCUUAGGACAUGGUAUAUUUGCUUCAGAGGGAGAAAGAUGGAAACAUUCUAGACUUAUGUUGAAACCACAGUUUGUAAAGGAAAAGGUAGCACAUAUUCAAUCAUUGGAACCGCAUUUACAGGCUUUUUGCAAACAUGUGCGUGAUCAAAAUGGAAUAUCAUUUGACAUACAACCUUUAUUUCAUAAUCUAACGCUCGAUGCCUCUACCGAAUUUCUCUUUGGGGAAUCCAUUGAAACUUUAAGAACUGAAAAUAAUAUUAGUAGCUUGGAACACAAUACUAGGACCAAUUUUGAAGAAGCGUUCAAUAUUUCCCAAAAAUACUUGAUGCUUAGACUGAUUGCGGGUGGAUUUUACUUCCUAAUCAAUACUAAAGAAUUUCGUCAGGCUAAUGCAAAAGUUCAGGAUUUCACUCAAUAUUAUGUAAAAAAAGCACUAGCAACUAGCGAAGAAGAAUUGGAAUCUAAAAGUAAAGAUGGGUAUAUCUUUUUAUACGAGUUGGUAAAGAAAACAAAAGAUCCAAAGGUUAUUCAAGAUGAACUAUUGAGUAUCAUGUUAGCCGGAAGAAACACUACCGCAAGUCUUUUGUCGUUUAUUUUUUUUGAACUAUCAAGGAACCCUGUUAUAUGGGAGAAGCUCAAGCAAGAAAUUUAUGCUUGUUUUGGAAACAAUGAUAGCGUUAAUCUUGGGGACAUAACCUUUGAGUCGAUGAAAAGAUGUACUUACUUGAGAUGGGUUGUAGAUGAAACUUUGAGGAUGUAUCCUCCAGUUCCGAAUAAUUUAAGAGUUGCCAGAAAAGAUACCACCUUGCCUAAAGGUGGUGGCCCUGAUGGAAUCUCCCCAAUUUUUAUUCAAAAGGGACAAACAAUUGUUUACUCCACUUAUAGUAUGCACAGACUGACUGAAUAUUAUGGGAAAGAUGCCAAUACAUUUCGGCCAGAAAGAUGGUCAGAUCUUAAAAGCAUUGGUUGGGCGUAUAUGCCUUUUAGCAGUGGCCCGAGAAUUUGUCUAGGACAGCAGUUUGCUUUAACAGAGGCGUCUUACAUAACAAUUAGGCUAGCUCAGAUAUUUCCUACGUUGCACUCAUUUAACAACGAAUACCCUCCCAAAAUUUUGGCUAACGCAACCAUGAGACUCAUGGACGGCAAUUUUAUAAGUUUAUCUUGA